GGAGGUAAUGCUAUGCAACAACUUUAGUUUCGGUUUUCAUACUCACUCACCGCCGGGAUGUCGCCGGAGCCCGGAGCACACGCUCCUCUCCUCCCGGGAUCCAAGGAUGUUCCUCCGGCAACUGUGUCCGGUGCCGUGUUCAAUGUCGCCACCAGUAUAAUCGGCGCCGGAAUAAUGUCUCUUCCGGCGAUUCUCAAGGUCCUCGGCGUGAUUCCGGCGUUGGUGCUGAUUCUCGUGAUUGCGUUUCUUGCCGAACUAUCGGUGGAGUUCCUCAUGAGGUUCACGCGUGCCGGCCAAACGACGACGUAUGCCGGCGUCAUGAGAGAAGCCUUUGGUCCCUUGGGAGCUGUGGCAGCUCAAGUCGCUGUUGUAAUCACCAAUCUCGGGUGUUUAAUUAUGUACCUAAUUAUUAUUGCGGAUGUUUUUUCUGGGAAUCAACGUGAAGGGGAAGUACACUUGGGUAUUUUGCAACAGUGGUUUGGGGUUCACUGGUGGAAUUCACGGGAAUUUGCUCUGUUCGUUGUCUUGUUCUUAAUUUUGCUUCCUUUGGUAUUGUACCGUCGCGUUGAGUCCUUGAAAUUCAGUUCUGCAGUAUCAACUCUUCUUGCUGUGGCAUUUGUUACAAUAUGUACCGUGUUGGCAAUAGUGGCUAUUGUAGAAGGAAGAACACAAUCCCCUAGACUGGUUCCUCGUUUGGACCAACAUACCUCUUUCUUUGAUCUGUUUACUGCAGUUCCAGUCAUAGUAACAGCCUACACAUUUCAUUUCAAUGUACAUCCAAUUGGGUUUGAGCUUGCCAAGCCAUCAGAAAUGGCAACAGCAGUUCGAAUAGCAUUGCUGCUUUGUGGUGUCAUUUACUUUUCAAUAGGCCUAUCUGGGUACCUCUUGUUUGGGGAUUCAACACAGUCUGACAUUCUGGUCAAUUUUGACCAGAAUGCUGGUUCUGCACUUGGUUCAUUGCUCAAUGUUUUAGUCCGUUUAAGCUAUGCUUUUCAUGUUAUGUUGACUUUCCCUCUCCUGAAUUUCUCCUUGAGAACCAACGUAGAUGAGUUCUUCUUCCCCAAGAAGCCUCUACUUGCCACAGAUAGCAAGAGAUUUGUGAGCCUCACUCUAGUGCUGCUUGUCUUAAGCUACAUUGCUGCUAUUGUAGUCCCAGAUAUUUGGUACAUAUUUCAGUUCAUGGGAUCAACAUCUGCUGUGUGCCUUGCCUUUAUCUUCCCCGGUGCUAUUGUUCUAAGGGAUUCUUACGGUAUAUCAACAAGAAGGGACAAAAUUAUUGCACUGUUUAUGGUUAUACUAGCUGCGAUAACAAGUGUGAUUGCUAUCUCCACCAACAUAUACAAAGCCUUUCAGUAGCACCUCGUAAAUUUGUGUUUUCUUUUUCCUUCUCUAUUUUUCCCCUUAUAUAAAAAUUUUGAUCAAGGGAGAGAGAGAGACGCAUUUGAUUGUUGAGGCACUUGGGUUUAUACAUUUGGAUGCCAUUAUUGUUUGUUGUAAAAUUCGUAUAUCUAGAACGGAGCAGCUAUGUAAAAUAUAAAAUACCAAGUAUGCAUACAAAAUGUGAAAUUGAGAUCCAAAUUUAGGGUUGAAAGGGCAUGCAUUUAAAAUGAGAUCCAAAUUUAAUGUUGAAAGGUGACAAAGUUUGGCCACCAUUAUUAUUUAUUA